AGAUGCAGACUCUGCCCCACGGAAUGGCUCAUGUAUGGGGGAAAAUGUUUCUGGGCAUCUAAAGAGAGUCGAAUUUGGCACAAGAGCCAUGAUGAUUGCUCAGCAAAGAGUUCUCACCUCCUGGUGAUUCAGGAUCAAAAGGAGAUGGAUUUCAUAUCCAGUGUUACACAGGACACAAAUCCAGUUUGGCUGGGACUCACCAUGACAUCCCCAGAGUGGAAGUGGACCUGGCUGGACAACUCUCUUCUAGAUCAAACACUGUUCCCAGUAGUCGGCUCUGGUGAAAGGAACAGCUGUGGAGUGAUAAAAGGGAAGCAGAUUCAUUCUGAAACCUGCAAUGCUGUUGUUAAAUGGAUUUGUGAGAAGGAAGCUCUCCUGCUGUAAUCAAAGGCAUUAAGGACCCCCUAUAUGUAGAAAUGAAGCAGAAAGCAGGUUUAGCUGUAAUCUGUCACUGGUUCAAUAGU